UCACUGAAUCACAUAAUAAAACUUUUCUUAUUUUUAUUAAAAAAAAAAAUUUCCUUCAUUCACUCUCUUUACCCUCUCAAAAAUCCUCCUCAUCGGCGAUCGGCCGGAAUCUCCCCGAUUCCUCGCCGCCGGCAAUCUGGGCCCCAUCCACCCGCUGCAGAGGCCUCUGAUCUUGGUACGGAGUAUCUCCCUCCCCUGUCGUGGGCUGUGAACAGUAGGUGGUGGUGGGGAGAGAGUGUUGGGUUCUGUGUUUUUAUGGUACAGUGAGUUGGAUUCAACAGAGGAUUCCUAGCCUCGCCUAGAUUUGCUCGACCUCCGGGAGACACGUGGCGAUCUGGGCCGCCGUCGGUCGCAUUUCAGCUCAAAUCUCAGCAUGAAGAUGUGGCUCUUUACAGGAGCUCCGCUGCUUUCGCCCACGAGCAAAUUAAGCUGAUAACUGUUUAUUCAACCGAGUUUCAUUGUGGUGACUGCAUUAGUAAAUGGAAACAAACAAAGAUGAGGCUCUCAAGGCAAAGGAGAUUGCCGAGAAAAGGUUUGCUGAGAGAGACUUUGCAGGUGCAAAAAGCUACGCAUUGAAGGCAAAAAAGCUGUGGCCUGGACUGGAUGGUAUAUCUCAAAUGGUGGCCACGUUCGAGGUAUAUACGGCCUCUGCACUGAGAGUCAAUGGCGAGAUAGAUCACUACUCGAUUCUUGGAUUAAAGCCCUCUGCGGACAAGUAUGCAGUGAAGAGGCAGUACAGGAAGUUGGCCGUGUUGCUUCAUCCUGACAAGAACAAAUCUAUGGGAGCUGAUGGGGCAUUUAAACUGGUCUCCGAGGCUUGGACUCUGUUAUCAGAUAGUGCUAAAAGAAGCUCCUACGAUCGCAAGAGAAAUCAACAGCAGACUAGUUUGGUUUCUCAGACAAAUCUAUCUGCAGUUCAUACUGCUGGGGUCCCGGGCCAUAGUAACUUAUUCAACACAUCAAGCUCUCAAGGAAGACUGGAUACUUUCUGGACCGUCUGCACCUCCUGUAAAGUCCAGUAUGAGUAUCUCCGAAAGUACGUGAACAAGAGGCUCUCAUGUAAGAACUGUCGGGGCAUUUUCAUCGCUGUGGAAACUGGAACAGCCCCAAUUAAUGGUUCUUUCCCGUAUUGUCCUUACACAUACAUGCCCAGUAACGGAUUCCCAAACCAUGGGUCUGAAGGCGUCCAAUAUGUCACGACAAGCACCACAUAUUACCCCGGUAACGGGGUCGCGGGGUAUCAUUCUGGGCAAGGUUACGAAUAUGUCUCAAACAUGUCCUUCCAGUGGAGCUCUCACUCUGCAACUUCUGCUGUGAUUGUGGGCUCUAACGGGUCCUCUUCUGCAGCUGCUGGCCCUGUUUACCAGGGCAAUGGGAAACUUUUCAGAGCUAAUAAAGACAGGUCAGGUUCCAACGGGAGGCAGUCAAACAGAAGUACUCUGAUCGAGCUAGCCCCGUCACCUGUAGACAUUAACGGAUCAUCGGGAGCUAAUAAGCCUGGUAGGCCCGAUAAAAGAAGAAAAGUAGUUGUGGGCGCUGACUUUAGAAACGGGUCUGAUGGAACAGGAGUGAAAUAUUUUCCAGAAGCGGGACCAGUCAAUGGGAAUUCAAACGUGUGGCAUGAGCCUAAGCUCUCUGUCCCGAUUGAGCUUCCAACUCGGCGGUGCUCUGCUGUCCCAGCAUUUGAUGCAAGAAAAUUGUUGAUCGAGAAGGCGAGGACAGAAAUCCGGAAAAAGUUGGAAAAUAUCAAGAAAGCUGAGGCGGCUGCUGCUGCAGCUGCUGCAGCAGCGGUAGCAGCUGCAGUGGCUGCAGCUGCGGCUGCUGUCAAAGAAGAAGAAAAGGCUCAGCAGUCCCAAGCAGCUCCUGUGGCCCAGAAGGGAGACAAUCCUGGUCACCACUCAAAAGCAAACAGAAGUGGGCCAGUCUCAAUAACUGUCCCCGACCCAGACUUCCAUGAUUUCGAUAGGGACAGAUCAGAGGAAAGCUUCAAGCCAAAGCAAAUAUGGGCCCUGUAUGACGAAGAGGAUGGGAUGCCCCGACUCUACUGUCUGAUUCGCGAGAUCAUCUCCAUGAAACCCUUCAAGAUCCUUAUAACUUACUUGAGCUCAAAAUCUGACAGUGAGUUUGGAGCAGUCAACUGGUUGGACUGUGGGUUCACCAAAUCAUGUGGAAAUUUUAGGGCAUACAACUCCGAUGUGAUCGAACAGGUCAACAUUUUCUCUCAUCUAUUGAGCAAGGAGAAGGCAGGCAGGGGAGGCUGUGUUCGGAUCUACCCAAGAAGCGGGGACAUAUGGGCCGUUUAUCGGAACUGGUCUCCUAAGUGGAACCGAUCCACGCCACCCAAAGUAAGGCACCAGUACGAGAUGGUUGAGGUUGUAGACGAUUACAGUGAGGAGCUUGGUGUGUGUGUUACUCCGCUUGUGAAAUUGGCAGGUUAUAAGACAGUAUAUCAGAGGGACAAGGACGCCCUUCGGUGGAUCCCGAGGAGAGAGAUGCUUCGGUUCUCUCACCAGGUACCUUCUUGGUCGCUCAAGGAUGAGGCUGGGAACUUGCCUGAUGGAUGCUGGGAUUUGGACCCGGCUGCAACACCGGAUGAGCUGCUUAACGGUGGGAUCGACAUUGAAGUCGAAGUUGAGGCUUAACACGAGUCUAGAUCGAGGAGAAAGGUAGCAGAGGAUUUUGUUUGGGACGGGACCCUUAUUUUACCAUUCUUUAGACAAUUCUUAGGUCUAACUGUACAAAUAUUUCACACUUGGCUUAAGCGAAGCCACUGUAACAUUAUAACCCCCCAUUUGGAUGAUUCUAGGGAGGGUUUAAUGUCUGCUCCAUUAAUGUCUGCGUUUCCGAUUCCGAACCUGUUGGAACUUUGAUCUGGAUUUAACGAUAUCUAAAUUACAGGUGACAUAUCCUCUUCGAAA